CCCCGCCCCGGACCCCGCCUCCAGCUCGCCCGGGACCGCCCGGAGCCCGGAGCCAGCGGGCGGAACCGGGCCGGGAGCACCUGGGAGCUCGAAGGAGGAGACGGGCCAGGGGGCGGUGGCCCCAGGAGCGGUUGCCGCGGGGACGGGACGGUGACGCCGCUCGAGGGCGGAAGUGAGAAAGUUACCGGCGUCCCGGGACGAGUUGGCGGAGCUGUGCUCGCGGCGAUGGGGGGCUCGGGCAGUCGCCUGUCCAAGGAUCUGCUGGCCGAGUACCAGGACCUGACGUUCCUCACCAAGCAGGAGAUCCUCCUAGCCCACAGGCGGUUCUGUGAGCUGCUUCCCCAAGGUCACCGGAGUGUGGAGGAGUCACUGCAGGCACGAGUGUCUUUGGAGCAGAUCCUCGGCCUUCCAGAACUCAAGGCCAACCCCUUCAGGGAGAGAAUCGGCAGGGUCUUCUCUACAUCCCCAGCCAGAGACAGCCUGAGCUUCGAGGACUUCCUGGACCUCCUCAGUGUGUUCAGUGACACAGCAACCCCAGACGUCAAGUCCCACUACGCCUUCCGCAUCUUUGAUUUUGAUGAUGAUGGGACCUUGAACAGAGAAGACCUGAGCCAGCUUGUGAACUGCCUCACUGGGGAGGGUGAGGACACGCGGCUCAGUGCUUCGGAGAUGAAGCAGCUCAUUGACAACAUCCUGGAGGAGUCCGACAUUGAUAGGGAUGGGACCAUCAAUCUCUCAGAGUUCCAGCAUGUCAUCUCUCGCUCACCGGACUUUGCCAGCUCCUUUAAGAUUGUCCUGUGACUGGCCACAGCUGUCCCAGCAGCCCGUCGAAGAACCAUCCCACUGCUGAGCUGUGGCAAAGGUCACGCACACCUGUUGCCUGGGCCACCAAGCUGGCCCGCCUGGGGCUGGCACUGUGCAGUUCUGCCCCAGGCAGGAGAGGGCCUUGCACUGCCAGGGCCGUCCCCUGCUCGCUGUCCCUGUCAUCGCUCUGUUUCUGCUAACCAGUAAUAAACGUUGAGAGGUUUUUACCCUA